CACAGCAGAGCUUCGUACGCACAGAGGAAGGGAUUUACAGCUCUACUCCCAACGCACCAACAGCUAGCUGCUUUUAGCUGAGUUGGGUAGGUUGAGUUGGGUAGGUUUUUCUCCUGUCUGUCUUGUUUUUUCUGUGGAUUUGGGAUUUUUGAUCGAGAGUCAAGAUGGUGGAUUUACAAGAGUACCUGUGGAUGGUGAUCCUGGGCUUCGUCAUAGCCUUCAUCCUGGCCUUCUCUGUGGGGGCCAACGACGUGGCAAACUCGUUCGGGACGGCGGUGGGGUCGGGGGUGGUGACGCUGAAACAGGCCUGUAUCCUGGCGUCCAUCUUUGAGACGUUGGGUUCCAUGCUGCUUGGAGCCAAGGUGGGAGAGACCAUACGGAAGGGCAUCAUAGACGUCAACCUAUACAACGAGACGGUGCCUGUUCUCAUGGCAGGGGAGGUCAGCGCCAUGGUCGGUUCGGCGAUUUGGCAACUCAUCGCCUCGUUCCUCAAACUACCCAUCUCCGGGACGCAUUGCAUCGUGGGUUCGACCAUCGGGUUCUCCAUGGUGGCCAUUGGCACCAAGGGCGUACAGUGGAUGCAGCUGGUCAAGAUUGUUGCAUCCUGGUUCAUCUCUCCCCUACUGUCAGGAAUGAUGUCAGGGUUCCUCUUCUUUCUUAUCAGACACUUCAUCCUCAAUCAGGAUGACCCGGUGCCCAACGGUCUCCGUGCCCUGCCAGUGUUCUACGCCUCAACGAUAGGCAUCAACGCCUUCUCCAUCCUUUACACAGGAGCACCAUUGCUAGGUCUGGAGAUGUUACCGGUGUGGGCUAUAGCUCUGAUCACGCUGGCAGGGGCUCUGGUCUGUGCUGCCGUGGUCUGGUUUGCUGUCUGCCCCUGGAUGAGACGGAAGAUAGCAAGUCGAAUAAAGAAGGAGCGAGCUGCCCUGUCCAGGAUCUCAGAUGAGUCCUUAGGACAGAUCCCUGAGGAGGAAGAGGAGGAGCUUCCCGUGUUCAAGGAGCUACCGGGCGCCAAGGGGACAGACGACGCCGUGCUGCCGUUAACGGGUGGUACCGGAGGAGAGUCGAGGAGAGGAGAGUCCACCGGAGAGCUCAACAGCCUGGCCAACGGAGGCACUGUCCUGCCCAAAGGACGCGUCUAUGGACGAACCCACUCCAUGACCAACGGUACCCUGUCCAUGUCCAAAUCCCCGCUGUCCAACGGCAGUUUCACCUUCGGAGGGGAACACAUCCGCAGCGACGGUCAAGUGUACCACACGGUUCACAAGGACUCUGGUCUCUACAAAGACCUGCUCCACAAGAUCCACCUGGGACGGCUGGAGGACGACCACUCCGCCCCCACGCCAGACAACAACUACCGCCUGCUGCGUCGCAACAACAGUUAUACCUGCUACACGGCCGCCAUCUGUGGCAUGCCGGUCCAGCCGCUGCUCCGCUCCGAGUCCCGCGAGGCCCGAGAGGCACGAGAGGACAGUGAGAAGCUGGUGGGGGAGGGGGAGAGGUCUGGGAGCGUGUCCUACACCAAGAAGAGGGUCCGCUAUGAUAGUUAUUCAUCGUACUGUAACGCCGUGGCGGAGGCAGAGAUCGAGGCGGAGGAGGGCGGCGUGGAGAUGAAGCUGGCGUCUGACCUCGGGGGCGAGGAGGCAGGGGCGCCCGGGGCUCCCGUCCCACUGGAUGACUCUGCAGAAGAGGACGAAGGGGAUAAGGACAAACCGACCGUCUACCUGCUCUUCCACUUCCUGCAGAUCCUCACCGCAUGCUUCGGAUCUUUUGCUCACGGAGGCAACGACGUCAGGUGA